ACCCGCUGGGCCGUUGGCCCGUGAACUCUAAACCCUAGGGAAUUCCCGUCGUCUCUGAUCGAGAGAGCGUCCAGAGCGCAGAGACGACGACGCCAUGGACCCUUCGCACCACCACCACCAUCGUCUCCACCUCCACCUCGAUCCGCGCCACCAUCACCACAUCCACAUCCGCUUCUGCCCCCACCGCCGCCACGUCGCCCACCCGCCUCCCGCUCCCGUCCACCACACGACCGCGGUGGCGCCUUGGGAGGGGCGGCAGCAGCAGCAGGAGCCGGAGCCGCUCCACGCCGCGGGGGCGAACGACGGGCCGCGGGCGGAGGCGGCUAACGAGGGAGAGGCGGCACUGCAUCGGGAGCAAGGAGAGGAGGACAUUUUUCUCGGGGAGGAAGAAGAGGAGGAGCCGGUUUUUGUGCUCACCGACGAGUGGGCGGAAUUCUUCGCCAAAUCGGAGGCAAAGAGGAGACUCGCCAAGCAGCAGCAGCAGAAGAAGAACAAGGGUCGCAAGAAGUAGACACACUGGUCGUGGAGCCCGGAAUUGUACUCCUUCUGAGGUGUAAUAGAACUCGAGGUGUUUAUUCAUCUCGUCACCUGAAUUUUUUAAAGAUAAGAAUGGUAUAUUAUAUACCAUGAUGAAUAUCGCACUGUGUAUUCACAAGAGGAAGGCAGUGGAAAAGGAUGUUCGUUAGGCUAAAAAUGGUUUUCGCCUUUAAUAUUUGCGAUGCGAAUAUGUAAAACUUAAAACAUAUCUGAUAAGAAACCUGCUAAUAUGCUACCCAUGAGUUUACAUUAUUUUACGUUAUUCCU